AUUUUGUGUAAAAGAUAACCCAGAGAUCAUUUCAAUUAAAAUUUCAUGUAACGGAGUUGUGCCUAAUGUGCAAAUCCUACCAUUGACUAAAACUAUUGAAUAUGGACGCCAUUUACUGUAUCGUAGAGAAGGGGAUCGCUUCAUAAUUAAAAAUGAUUCAAUUCUACCAAUCAUGUGGAAAGUUCGUAACGCCACCGAUUUCAUACAAGAUUUUAUAAUAUCUGAUACGUCUGGUAUAAUAGAACGAUAUGAAAAUCAAGUUGUCCCGGUUACAUAUAUUGCUUGUCGAGUUGGUGUCAUACAUCAGAAGCCGCUUACAAUUGACAUAUAUGAUGCUGAAGGAAGAGGCAAUCCAAUGAUUGAAGACGUUUUACUUCUAUCAGCAGAAUGCUACGAUGUUUUGGUUGAAUGUGCUUAUGCAAAUAUGACCGAAAAUUUCCUCAAUUAUGGAAAUGUGAAAGUUAACUCAACCGUCUAUCAGGAGAUGUAUCUCCUAAACAGAGGAAAAUAUAAUAUUUUUUACAAGUUAAAAAAAGUAAAAAAGUUUCCUGAACCUGCUUUGUUGAAGUCAUUCGAGGCUGUACCCGAGUUCGGUGUAAUACCACCGACGUUGAAACUGGUAACAAUAGAGUUUGAGUGUACUCCCACCACAUCUAUGAACCUAGUGAAUGUUCCGGCAUACAUUUGCUCCCUGUUGGACGGCAGUAAGAACCAAGUGGUCGUAGCUAAAUUCCCUGUCUGCGUUACAAUAGCUUCCUUCUAUAACACUUUCACCCUGUUUCCUCUGGGCGAACUAAACUUUCACAUCAUACCGGUGGGAAGUGGAGUGAUGAGAGAGGUUAUUUUAAACAACACAAGUAAAUGCCCUGUUACCUACGAGAUUGUUGUACCAGAAGAAUACCGACCGGAGCCAGCUGCUGAUCUUCAACCAGCCAAAGCCAAGCUAAAGGAUAACAAAAUAAAAAAUCCUCCAAUUAAAUGUGGUAACUUUGUUAUUAAUAACGACGAUAAUCUACUGGCCCCGGGAACAAGUCGAACUCUUAACAUCCAGUUUUUUGCCACUGCGGCAAAAACAUUCGAAGAAACUAUCAAAUUUAUAAUAAGCGAUACAUGCCCCGCCGAAGCCAGUGGUGUUCCAUUGAAGCUCGUGGGAACGGGUGCUGUGCCAACGAUAGACUUUUGGAACAUUGAGACAACAUUCAGAGAACAUCUCAUUGUAAAAGACUUGGCUGAGUAUAAAGUUCACGAGGCCUCACCUCAUUGUGUCUUCGUAGAAGAUUCAGUCUCUUUACAUUUCUUUGGAAUUACUGUAAAUAGAAGUUAUACAGCUGCAAUUGACUUGUACAACUGUGGUUUGGUAGCGUGCGCGUUGACAAUGAAAUUACACUAUCAAGCUAAUUCGAAUCCGGAAAUAUUUUCCCUGGAUAAGUAUGAAACACACAUUGAGCCCUUGCUACAUAAAAAUCUGGGUAUUAUCUUCAGCCCUAAGGAGCUUCUUGAAUACCGGGCUGUUCUGGAAGUCAAAUUAAAAUUAUUCGAUAAUCAAGAAAAAUCAUUCAAAAUAUGUUUAAUUGGAGAAGGCGUCAUACCGAGGAUACGUCUAAUUUCACCCCAGUUACGAUACCGGAGAAUUGCAUCGCUCAAGUUCCCAGUGACGUGUUUGGGAUCUGUGAGCACUCGAAACAUCCGUUUCAAGAAUGUCAGCAGCCUGAAGACAGAAGUAUCAGUUGGUGUUGAAGCAGCUAUGAUUGGUGAAAGACUCAUAUUUUGGAUCGCCGCCGCACCGUGUAGUGAGCAUAUGGUCUUAGACGGAACUAAAGGUAAAGUGCUUUGA